AUUAAUUUUUUUGUAAUUUUUCAAUGAAAAAUUAAAAUUUUAGCCAAAAAAAUGCCGAGUCACAAAUCAAAAAAAUCCUCGUCAGCCCGAUCUUCCAUGGAAAAGUCAAAAGAAUCGGAUUUGAAGCCACUUUCCGCCUAUAUUGACGAUCGCGUAGAACUAAUUCGACACGCAUUCAUGUGUCUCAAGCCCAAAACCAUCAAAAAUAUCGCCCCGGAAUUCCUCAAAGGCAAAUCCAUUGAGAAAUUACAGGAAGUUUGUUUGGAUGAAGUACUUGGAUUGUCCACAAAACGUCUUUUAUCCAUCAUAAAUGCCACAGUUUGUCCUUCAGACACAGAAUCAUCGGAUUCGGAUGCUCCCAAAAUCAUCGAGGAUCACAUUUCGUUGAGUGAAAUAUCGAGCGAUGAUGACAUGUUGGAGGAAAUUAGCAGUAAAAAGGCGAAAAAGAUGCACAAAAAGCGCUCCAUUAAGAAAGAAAAGAAGGAAGACGACCCAAAAAAGAUGAAAAAUGGAAAAAGUGAGGCAAGUACGUCAAAAAAAAGUGAAAAAUCGGAAAAUAAAAUGUCGGAAAAGGAGAUGACGGUGUUAGAAUUGCUCGAAUUACAGGCGAGAGCGAGAGCAAUAAGAAGUCAAUUAGCAUUGGAGCCCGUGACGAAGAUUGAAUUAGACUCUGAAGAGGAAGAAAAUGUUGAAAAAAUCAAAGAAAAACCUUCGGAUGAGGCAAAAACUGACGAAGCAUCAAAGAAAAAUUUUGAAAAUUCAAAAGAAAAAGAAAAAUCAUCAAAAACUUCGAGUAAAGAAACAGAAUCUCGUCCAAAAGAACCUGAAAAAGACCCAAAACCGUCUUCAUCUCGCGAUGAAAAUCCCGAAAAAUCUAAAAAACGUUCGAGAAACGACUCAAAACGAUCAUCUCGAAGUCGAAGCAAGGAAAAAACUCCUGAACGUGUGAAGGAAAAGACCCCAAUCGUGGAUUUACGAGCAAAAAUCGAACAACGUCGCAACCAAAACUUGUCUGAAAGCGAAAAAUCUGAAACUCCCGAGAAAGGCGGGCGACGAGUGAGGCUCAAACGUAAUUUCGGCACUCAUUUAACGAUAACGACAGACAAUAAAAAUGUUGAAAAUGAUAAAAAUCGUGAAAAAAGUCCCAAAAAAGAUGAAGAAAAAGUCAAAGACGAAGAAAAAAGUGAUCGUGAAAGUUCUCCUGAAGUCAUCGCGAUGCAUCCAAGUCCUGAAACAAUUUUAUUAACGAGCUCUGAUGAUGAAAAAGAGGAAAAUGACAAGAAACAAGAGUCAAAAACAUCAAAAGAACGUGAAACGAGAGAAAAAUCGCCUGGAACACUGUCGCUCGAGGCAGAAGAUUUGGAUUACGAUGACAAAAGUGAGCCUGAGACGAACAAAAAACAUGAAAAAUUAUCAAAUUCUGAGGAAAAAAAUGAAUCUGAAGACGAAAAAAACGACUGGGAAGACACAAUUCAUGAAGAAGUUGGAAAAGAUGCGAAUCUGAAGCAAUCCGAAGAAAAUUCUGAGCCUCCUAAAGAAGUUCCUGAAGCAAAAAAUGAUGAAAUUUCCCAAAAAAAUGAUGAAAAAGAUCCAAACACGAGUUCUGAAGUCGUUGAUGUCGAUGAACUUCCCGAAAAAUUAUCCAGUUCUUCAAGUUCAAGUUCAAGCGAUGACGACGAAGAAGAAAAUCCCGAAGAAGACGAUGCUGACGUUGUUACAAUUGACAUUAACGAAUCCAGCGAUGAAGGCAGCAAAUUGACGGCAGACGAUGAAAAUAAUCAAUCUUGGGGUCAACGAUGGUUGCGCAGCAAAAAAGUAUCGAAAGUCAUGUCAUCGACAAAAUUGGGAAAUAAACUUCGGAGUAAGGCGAAGGAGAAAAAACUCGAGGAGAAGAAAGCGAUUGAGGAAAAGGAGAGACUUGAAAAGUUGGAACAAGAAAAAAUUGCGGAAGAAGAACGCAAAAAACAAGAAGAAGAAAAAAAGGCAACAGAAGUUCCUGACGAAGUCAUGGGCUCGACGAAACAUUUUAAAGACUUGAAAUUACUCAGCUUGCUGAAAGAGGAACGCGAGCAGAGAGCAGCGAAGGAAACUGCUCGAAAGUCGAAGAAAAAGUAAAAAUUAAUUUUUUUUUGAUAGAUUAAAAUAUAUGAAAAAGUGAAAAUUUUUCAAAUUAAAAAAAUGUGUUUUGUUUCCAUUCAGAGUU